AUGAGUGACGGGAAAUCUUGCACAGCGGGUUUGGAUGUGUUCGACGACGAAGAUCGCACAUACUGGUUUUACGGGGAACAUGAUACAAGCGAACAGAAGCAGCGAAAAUCUGAAAGAAAAAUCAGGAAACAGCAGGAAAAGGUGUUCGAGAGUCUUUUUGAGGCCUCGUUAGGCCCUUUCAAUGUUUACAAACGUCAAAGCGAAGCACUGGAAAGAUGCGAAAAAGAAGGACCAGCUGCCAGGAUUUUUCCGUUCGAAAUUUCGCCGAAAAGUCCCGGUUGGUACUUACUUGAUCAGCUCUUGUUUAAUCGUAUGCUAAACAUUACAUUAGUAACGUUGCUUACUGAUGGUUGUUUCCUUUUUUCUCGUUCUUCCGUACAGGAUCAUUCAAAUUAG